GUUAAUAUCUGCUAUAUGGAACAUAGUAUUACCUUUCAGAAUAAAUAUUGUUAUUGUUGUAAUUUGCAGUCAGGCAUUUAAAGUACUGUGAAAACACCAGUGGUUGAUGAAAUAAUGAAAGGCAGCUCUGUCCCUUCUGUGCUCGCACUCUUCAUGUGUGCAGGCUUGGGUGUUGAGGGUGCUGUCUCCCCAGGGUCAUAGCCUUUCAUCGCUGCCUCGGCACAGGCCUGUCGUUCAUUUGGGGUCAGUGGGUUAUCUGAGUCUGUUUUGUAUCUGGAAGAUGCUUCUGAUGAUUCGUUCUGAGAACAUUUGGAAAAAUUAAAAAAUUAUUUACUCCAUCUUCCUAUUCAUCUUUUAAUUAGAAUUUUUAAAGGUUUAUGGAAUAUACAUAGUCGUUUGCUUGAUAGCAUCUGACUUGUGUACUCAGGAAAGUUGAAUUCUUAAUUAUAGAAUCAAUGAAUACUUAAUAUCUUAACUUUUUAUCAUUUAGCGUUUUCUUAAGUUUCAAAUUUCAUGUGUUCACACAAACAUUAAUAUCAAAGCCAGAAAUGGAAUUUACUGAUCUAGCCCUUAUGUCUAAAACUGAUAUCCAACACCGAAGAAUUUUAACUGUGAUCUUGCAGAAUUCAGUGCUUGUAAUGGUGGGAAUUGAAAAUAAAAGUUGGAGCAUCUUUUGUUGAAUUAUGCUUUCCUUUAUCAGUCUCUUUUAAUACAACCUUUAAAACAGGAGUACUCAAGAAACCAUUGUCUUUCUGAGAAUGUUUCUAAAUAGCAUUCAUGAAGAGUGUAAUGUAAAGGAGAUCUGAAGUUCAAAACAAAGCUGAAGGAAAUGCUAAUUGGAAAUGCUGAUUAAUUAUACUUACUGAAGACCCAACGUUUAAGGAGGUGUUAAAGUGAGUCACUCAAGUGAGAAGCCUGGAAAUGAAAGAUGGGGAAGCCCAGGUGACUAGGCUUCUAAUGGGGAGGAAAGGAAAGACAACAGCGAAGGGGAACUGAAAGCUGAAGCAGAGUCUCUCAGGAAAAGCAGACAGGGCAGGCAGCUCUGUGGAGGGAGUGUUGGAAAGACCAGUAACUUGACAUCCUAAGGAGCAGAAGGCACUCAGAGAGGUGUGGGCUUUGUGGACACGAGGCUCCCAGACUCCCCUUACCAGGAAUCUGAAGAAUGGUAGAAGAGAAGAUUUCAUAACCAAGGAAACCUGAAAGGUGGAACGAAGGCCCAUAGUGAUUGAGAACUGGGGCUGCACCUGCUGUGCCCCCCAUGGGAGCUCUCCAGCCUGGUGUCUGGCUGCCCUUACAUCUGGCUGGCUCUUCAUAGACCUGGAAAUGUCCCCCUCUGAGAGCAAAGAACAGACCGAUACUCUAACGGGAGACCGUGGAAGGAACAGAAGUUCCAGCCAGUAAUUCAGACACCGUAAUGAUUAGUCACCAAAGUCAUCAGCUGGAGUUCUUGACAGUGGCUCAAAGGUCGCGUUGGAGAGAUUUCUUACUCUUGGACAUUUUACUAGAUAAAAACCUCAUCAUUCAAACAAAUGGAAAGUCGUUUUUUGUUUCUCUUUUCAGCAGCCAGACUGCUUUCCAUUGCCUGCACUACUUACAGAGACGCGGCAAAGCUGCAGCCGUCACUCAACCCACUCGACACAAACAUGUGGGCGCCCAAAGUGACCCCUAAGAGAACAAACGGUGAGGACAAUCUAAGGAGAGGAAGCUUCGCCGCGGUGACGGCCGUCUGGAGGCCGUGGUGGUGCAGAGCCAGGGGUGUGGCUGAGGAGGAGGGGGCCAAGGUGAGGACGGCAGAGGCCAGCAGGCGACACGGCUGCAGUGGACGGUCCUCUCCAGGCCACAUGGAGCCCCUCCCACUCCCCACCUCCCAGCCUGAUGGUCUCCGGGUGGCCCACAGACCUUCUCUUGGAUGCCCUUUUAGGAAGUCGGAUGGAAGGCAAAGAUGUUUACAGGAGAAACCCUGUGAGGUGAUGCGGGGGCUAAUUAACUGCAUGGUGGGGGACCUGUCACAGUGGGCACCCUUGGAGGUACUGUAUCAUUGAAUCCUCACAAAGCCACUGGACGUAAGCUUGAUUUACACCAUGGUACAGAUAAGAAAAAUGGGACCCAAAAAGUUGGAAUGGCCCAAAACUCCACUGGUGUGGUAAAUGUUGAAGCCUGAAUUUUAAUCCACAUUCCAUUAAUUCUAGCAUUACUAUUCUUUAAAUUAUACACAGAAAUUCUUAAGUUUAAAGUAAAUGCUGAUUAUUAUCAUAUAAUUGUGAUAAUUACUGAUAAUGAUAAUGUGACAUUUUAUUAUCAAACCUUAUUUUUUAGUUGUUAUCAUUUUUUAACACAAUAUAAAACAUAUCAAAUUAUCAACCUGCUGUGUGACUCCAGAGUGAGGUAUAAUAUGCUGCACAAGAGAAAACGUAAUGGUUCAUUCAUGGUUGAUUGACUGAUUAAUAAUAAAUUCAAUGGAGAAUAUAACUUUAAGAGCCCACUAGAAUGUUUGAACACGCCCAAUUCUCUAUCAUGUUAUUUUUCAGACUGCAGUACACUAACUCUGUUUCAUUGGGUUUUAAGAUGACAGUGAGAUUCCUUUAUGCUCUUUUAAGCAGAAAAAAACACCCAUUAAAGUUGUUUUUAAGGGCUGGAUGUGUGCCUCAAACUUAUGAAUUCAUCCUAUAUGAAGCAGAAAAGCAGACUGCAUCUUGGGCUGACAACGAAUGAAUGAUUGGAGAUACACAAACCCCGUCAUUAAGUGUUCCAUUCUCACCAAACUUAGACUGAAACAAAAAUGACCUCAUCUGCUAUUUCCUAGCUAAUUUUCAGCUCAGCAUUUUGUCAGAUUAUAUUUUUGGCUUAGAGUCCCCAUCUGCACAGAAGCCAUGAUUUCCACAUCAGGGUUUAAAAGAAGACAGAAACACAUUCUCAGACAGCAAGGAAAGAAUAAUUACUUCUGGGAGUCACUCCUCAAAGGCCAAGGAGAAAAUGGAAAUGAUUUUAAAUGUGGAUGAAAGGUGGCAUGGGGCUCUUCUCUACCACUGCUAUGUGUUAGUUACAGAGCAAUCUGAUGAAUUAGAACACCGUCAGGGAGAAGCUAUAAACAUGCCCCAAGCAUAUUUUCUUUUUUCAAGUGAUUCCUAAUUUCUAUUGGCUAACUGUUAGAAAAUCCGAUGGAGAUAUUUUCAGCCUGUAAAUUCAUUAGUGGUGGGUUUUUUUCCUGUUCAUAUUUUCUUAAUGUACCUUAACACAGAAGAAAUAAAUCCAUGAACUGUUUUCAGUAACACUACAGAACACUAACAAUGGUAAUAAACUCUCAGAGGUAAUCUAUUAAACUCUUCUAAAGAAAUGCAUUAUUAAAUGUAUAUGUGUUUAUAUUUACAGUUUUCAUUCUGAGAAAAUAGAGCAUCUCUCAGUCUCCUGGAAAAUAACCCAAACCUCAGCCUAAUAUAUGUGUGAAGUAGUGAAUACAGCCUUUGAAACAAAUAACAGAAAACUAAUCCCUUGCUGUGAUUUUUUUUUAUGCCGUGAAAUUUUGUCGUUUGUGACACUGAAAACUUUUCUUAAAACUUACUGAUUCAAGAAGUGGUUUUAGAGAAAGCCCCCCAGUACCUACGCUUAUGCAGGAAAAUAUUAAAAUUUUUGUAAACAGAGCAGGGAGGAAAGGCGGAAAUGUAAUUGAAAAACUCAGCAAGAAAGCAAAAGUUACGUGUCCUCGGUCGUAACAGUAUAUUUUUCUUAAAGAGGAACAAAGGGAAACAAUGCAUGGGGAGAUGUAAAUUUGUUGUAAGGAGAACUAUUUUUAACAAAAUGAAUGUCUGAAUAUGCAAGACAUUUUGCAGUUUUCCUCCCCAUCCACCCUCUGUUCUCCACCCUGCCCUGCGCCCUGGGAAGAUGAACUGCAUGAAUUGCACGAGCCUCUCUGACUUCCACAUAGAUCUGGCCCAUGGACAGGAUCAGUGGGAGAUGUGCCUGUGGAUGGAAAGUGAGAUUUGAGGAGUUAUCUCUGGCUCACUCUUGCCAGGCUGCAGGUUGGCCGUGAUUAUGUCACCCUACCAAGGCCAGGCACCUGUCUGGCACCCCACUCCCAGCACCACGGCUACACUGAGGGGACUAAGGACAUUUCUUUCCAGGUCCCCAUGCUCGUUCCCAUCCGCCCAUCCACUCCAACGCCUGGGCCUCCCCUUUCCAACCUGGUCCGCCCGUGAGGCUGCGCUUCCCACUGUUCCCACUAACUGCCUCUGUCAGUCUUGAGGAGCGGUGGGGGUGGGCAAUGUGAUUCUCCUUCCUCCGACUGUAUGACAGGCACAGGGCCAGCUUCAGGGACGUGUGACUGGUACAGUCGCACAGGGCUCGGCUUUCCAAAGCACGCCAGCACUUGGAUUUUAAUGCUCGGUGGUCACGAUUUCUAAUAAUCUUACCUUUGAAUGUGUGGUGGGGGGAGUGUAUUUACUGAGGCGUAUGCAGGGCAGUGAGCGAAUCUCAGCAGGACGGGCUUGCCACGCGCAUGCAUUCACGGAGCCAUCACCCAGACCAAGAGAGCCAACAUCCUAAUAUUUUCCCUUUUGCAUGUGUCACCCAUCCCCUCGCGGUGGGCUUGUGAUUUUCCAUGACAUCUCAUGGGGUGGAGGUGUGUGUGCCCGGGCCUGGAGCCUGAGCCCGCACGUGGCCCCCGCCCGCCCGCCCCCUGCCUCCGCAGGAGGAUACUGGGCAGCGCCCCCCCUCCCAGGCCCUGAUGCGCCGGAUCCCGCCCCGCCUCGCACCCUCGCUGGCCUCUCCGCCUCCCACCCAGGGAAGCAGCAGAGCCGCGGCGGAGGGGGGCCUGCGUCCCUGCUGUUGCCCUUGGCUCCCUCCAGGGCCUGCGGGAGGCGGGGUCUCCCGUGCAGGCCUUGCGGUGCCUCGGGAGGCACGUGGGGACGGUCAGCCUGUCCCCGGGCUGGCGGCCUGAUGGGGCGGAUCUCUCCCACCCCUGCUGCAGACCCCGGGUGUGUAUCCACGUGGAGGGAGCAGGCCCUCGGGGGCUCACCUGGCCUGCGGUGGGUGUGACGGCGGCCCGGAGGAGGGGAGAUGGGCGUCCCAGCCCCCACUGGGCACCUGCAUCGUCAUGGGCACCGAGCCCCCUAAAUCAUGGGGCUGACUCUGAAUGAGUAACACACAUACACCCUGGCGUCCUAGGGAGCAGGAGGAGGACUUACUCUCUUCUCCCUC